UGCCGUGCUGGAAAAAUGGUGGCCAGCGUGCGAGUCCAAAAGCUGCUUCGACGGUAUAAACUAGUGAUUUCCGCUGCUUUAAUGAUCCUCCUGAUCCAGGGACUUGUGGUUUGGAGUCUUAGGAGCUUGGAAGAAGGCCCACCAGAGGGAAAAACAAGACGGUCCAAGCUGCCCGACCCCAACAGCCAGGACUCCAAGAGAGACAAAGCAAAUUCUUUGUCUGGGCAGAACAGGGGCAGAUGGAGCACCAGGUUUGAGAGGCAGAGGGGAACGGCAACCCUCCCGCAGAGGAAAGGCGGCAACCGGCGAGCCGCGAAGCCCGGCGUCAGACAGAAGACCCCCCAGGAGAGGGGAAUGGCGGCGGCCGGGCUGGACGGCGCGGUCUCUCACGAUCUGUCGAGCAGCCGCCGCAACUUCAGCCUGGACGGAGCGGCAAAGAUGCAAGCCGCCGGGAUCCCCGGGGAGCCCGGGAGCGUGGACGGCGCGCACCAGGCGCCCAACGGUGACUUCAUGCCGAAAUGUGACAUCGUGGGCAAGGACGCACUGUCGGCUCUGCACCGCGCCAGGUCGCAGCAGUGCCGGCAGGAGAUCGCCAACAUCGUGUGCCAACAUCAGGCGGGGCAGCUCAUGCCAGAAGCGCUGCCCCAGUUCUGCCCCCAACUCGGUGUGUCUCAGCCGGUCGAGGCUGCAGGCGACGUGGAACUCAGCUUGUCCAAGGUGGAGAACCCGGUCAGGGUGGCGUUCGUGCUGAUGGUCCACGGCCGAGCCGUACGGCAGCUCAGGCGUCUCAUCAAGGCCAUAUACCACAGAGAUCAUUACUACUACAUCCAUGUAGACAAGCGGUCCGGCUACAUGCAUCGGGAGGUGCUGCAGAUAGCCGAGCAGUACCCCAACGUGCGCGCCACUCCCUGGCGGAUGGUCACCAUCUGGGGAGGGGCCAGUCUCCUGAAAGCCUACCUGCGAAGCAUGCAGGACCUGCUCGCCAUGCAGGAGUGGAAAUGGGACUAUUUCAUCAACCUCAGCGCCACAGACUUCCCGACCAGGACCAACGAUGAACUGGUGAUGUUUCUGUCGAUGCACCGAGACAAGAACUUCCUCAAGUCGCAUGGGAGAGAGAAUGCAAGGUUCAUCAAGAAGCAGGGCCUCGACCGGCUUUUCCACGAGUGCGACAACCACAUGUGGCGUCUCGGUGAGCGCAGCAUCCCAGAAGGCCUGGAGGUCUCCGGCGGCUCCGACUGGUUUGCUCUGACCCGCCGCUUCGUGGACUACGUGGUCGGCUCCCGCGACCAGCUGGUGUUGGGCCUGAAGCAGUUCUACACCUACGCUUUGCUGCCCGCCGAGUCGUUUUUCCACACAGUGCUUGGUAACAGUCACAUGUGUGACACCCUGGUGGACAACAACCUGCGUGUCACCAACUGGAACCGUAAGCUGGGCUGUAAAUGCCAGUACAAGCACAUCGUGGACUGGUGCGGCUGCUCCCCCAACGACUUCAAACCACAAGACCUCAUUCGGAUUCAGCAAUUGACUCGUCCGACGUUUUUCGCCCGAAAGUUUGAGUCGACGGUGAACCAGGAGGCCAUAGACAUCCUGGACACCCACCUGUACGGCCAGUACGCCCCGGGAACUGUCGCCAUCAAGGCGUACUGGGAGAGCGUUUUUGAGCAGCUGGAGGGCGUCGGCUCCCUCAGUGACGUGGCGCUCACGGCUUACACCUCUUUCUUUCGCCUGACCCUGAAGGGCCUGAUGACCUCUCAGAGCCAGACAGAAGCCUGCAGGUUUGAACCAGUAGGUGACCCUCUCUCCGUCCAUUUGUACUUCUACGAUGACCGUUUCCAAGGCUACCUGGUUCGCCAGGAUGUGCGCUGCGUGGAGUCGAAGCGCAGGGAGACGCUGGAGCUGUGGGCCAUGCCUCAAGCGACGCUCGUCUUCGAGACAAACCUCAAAGAGUUCGAGAGGCUCAAGAAUCUGGAGAUCGGGACAGACUGGGAUCCCAAAGAAAGGAUCUUCCGUAACUUCGGCGGCGUCAUCGGCCCGAUAGACGAGCCGCUGGCGGUCCAGAAGUGGGCCCGUGGGCCCAACCUCACGGCCACCAUCGUCUGGAUCGACCCGGCGCAGGUGGUGGCAGCGUCCUAUGACAUCACAGUAGAGAUGGAUGCAGAGUACACGCAGUACAAACCACCUCUACAGCACCCCCUACGGCCCGGCGCCUGGACCGUGCGGGUGUUGAAACAGUGGAAGCGUGUAGCGGAGGUUCGAUUCCUCGUGAUGCCGCUGACUUUUAAUAAUAAAGAGCCACUGCGCAGAGAGGAGGACAGCUGGCUGCAUUCGGGCCCUCCUGGUAACCUGUAUCUGGACCAGAGCUUCCAGCAGCUGAACUCCGUGCUGAAGCUGCCUCCUCAGGAGCCCGCCAUGCAGGCGGCCCGGCGAGCCGCUCAGCUGGUGGGCCGGCCCCUGGACGCCUGGGUGGACAGCCUGGUGGGGGCGUUCUGGGUGAUAGGUGACCUCUGUUCCACCAAGACCUCCUCCUGCCCGGCCGUGGGGCUGUGCACCAAGACUACCUGGAGCUCCCUCUCCCCUGAUCCAAAGUCCGAACUGGGCCCAGUCAAAAGCGACGGGCGGAUCAGGUAGCGCGAGUAGAAACACUGAACACACAAAACACUGCUGGAAAGCCUGAAUGAACCCGAUAUCUGCACACAUACUCCGAGGAGCUGCUGCUGCCACAGGCAGAAACGACGGGAGGACUGCAGAAAAUUUGCACAUUGCCUGCAAAAAAAAAGACAAACAUAUCAUGUUUUGCUGAACGGGUACAUGAAACCCCACAUGUUUCGGUAUGAUUUUAGCUGCCGCACACAUUUCCAGUCACACAACUGUCUCAGUGGAAAUGCAAGGGUCCUCGUUCGGUUGUCCCCUUCAAGCAGCUGUUUCCCUUCAUUUCAAAGGAGAGUAGAACCUCUGGAUCUUAAUAAUGUGCUUAUUUUGAAGCAUAGGAGAGAUGCAUGAAGUGCACUUUACUGCAGGAUGUUGUCGUUGGUUACGGCGGGAGGGGUCGAGGGCGGGACGUUUUAAUACGUCUGUGCAGGGUCACAUAUUUUUUUGCAACAACUCAUCACUAAAUACAAGGACAUGUUGGAGAAAAUAGCUGUAAUGUUUCCUUUCAAAAGUAUCUACACCCCUUAUAUUUAUCUUUUACAUUUUGUCAGGUUGCAAACACAACAUUUUUAUAGGAAACUAACAUGAAAUAGUUUACAGUUGUGUUGCGUGCAGCCUCUUUAACUUUGGUACCCCUAUAUAAAAUGCAUUAAUUGCUUUUGAUUUUGUUUGGUGGCAUCAGAUUGAUACAAGAAAACUUUCCUUCAACUUGAUGCUUAUCUAAUGAUUUAAACCAGGGGUGUCAAACUCCAGUCCUCAAGGGCCUCUGUCCUGCAGUUUUUAGAUGUGCCACAGGUACAAAA